AUUAUCAUAAUUUCCGUUUACAUUUAUGCAACAAGCCAACAAAAUAUAAGCUGUUUUUUUAUACACUAACAUUCGCAUAUUAAAACGAUUAUUAAAUUUCUGUGUUUAAAAUGGUGUGCGAGAAAUGUGAGAAAAAAUUGGGCGUGACAGCCACUCCUGACCCCUGGAAACAGGGUUGUCGUAAUGCUAUUGAUACAAAUUCAGUAAAAAAACAGGACAACAAACAUUUGCAAACUAUUGGAAAAAUCAAGACUCUAUCUGGCUCAAAAGUAUCUUCAAAAUCUGCACUUAAGACGGGAUCAUCUUCGGUUAUGUAUUCAUUUGGUGUAUGCAGAAUAUGCAAACAGAAAGUGCACGAACCAGGUAGACAUUAUUGUCAAAGUUGCGCGUACAAGAAAGGUAUAUGUGCCAUGUGUGGUGUACGAAUUUUAAACACUAAAUCUUAUAAACAAUCUGCAACUUGAAAUAAAUUUAACAUGUCACAUAAAACUAUAUUAAUUACAGCAUAACUGUAACAACUGAAAUAAUUUUACCCUACUAAAUGUAAGAUCAUUUUAUUGUAAGUGUAAUAUUAUUGAUUAUAAAUUCUAUAUUCUAUAAUCAAUAUUUAAAUUACUUAUUUUUAUUUCAACAGG